GUAGCAAUAGCUUCAUAUCAUCGUGGGGCGUACUUAAUGAAACCUCAGUUUCCUGCCAACCUUCGGACAACCUUGUCACAAGGUUGUUAUGUUUGUAACAUGUUAGUCACAACUUCAGCACUUUUAUACAAGGUUGUCACUAGGUUGCUCACAACUUUAUCACUUUUGUACAAGGUUGUUACCAGGUUGCUACAACCUUGCGAGGUUGUGAACUGGUUGUAACAAGCUUGUAGCAAGCUUGAAAUUUCUAUAUGGGAAUGGGACGGGAAGGUAAACCUCGACAAUUACUGGUUAUUGGUGGGUAUGGUCCUUUAUCUACUACUACUACUAAACGGAAUCGUCAGUUCAAAUAUGAUGCAAUUAGGAAACCUGGUGUUGAUGAUUAUCUUAUAACUAAUGAACAAAAUACCUACAAACUUUCCAGUGGUCAAUGGAUUGUUCCAACUGUCAUUGGACAGUGUUUUCCACCAACUAGUCACUUUAUAAUUGAAAGAAUCAGUCAUAAUAAAGGAAUUAUGUAUGGAGGAAUAGUGACUGAUGGUGAUGAAGAUAUUUCUACUAACAGUAUCUACUUUUUUCAAUUAUCAAAUAAUAAAAUAGUAAGUUAUACUAUCAGUAUACAUAACCUGUGCAUUAGUUUAUACUGCCUUUGAAGUAAAGUACGUAUGAAUACCGUUACAUCUAAGCGCGGAAAUUAUUACCCACACAAGUACCACACCCCUUGGUUAGGGGUCUGACACUGCCUCAAAUUUUGUAUGGGAUGCCUGGAUUCCUAAAUUCAGGUGCUGGAUUCCUGCUUGAUUCUAAAUGGUAUACUACAAAAAUGCUUGUAUAACUCUAGAUACUGCCUAAAAUUCUAAAAAUCUUGGAUU